AUGUUGCGAAUCGUGAAUACCCUCUCGGCGAAUGUAAAAAUUCGAUUAAAUAAACAUACAAUCGACAAUGUUGCGUUUCAAUUGCAUUACAGAUUCACGAUGUGGUUUAUGAUAGUUUUAACAGUUUUGGUGUCUACAGAAUUGAUUGGCAAUCAUAUUCAGUGCCUCAGCGGAAAUGGUGUUGAUAAUAGAGUGAUAAACACUUUCUGCUUUUUCACGACAACCUUCACUGUUGUUAAAUAUAUGAAUAAAUCUAUGUUGAAUCAACACGAUAUAGCGCAUCCGGGUGUUGGUUCAACUGGAGUUAAUUCAGAUGAACCGAUUCAACUGCAUGCUUAUUACCAAUGGGUCCCAUACGUCCUUAGUUUUCAAGCACUUACUUUUUACAUUCCUCAUAUGAUUUGGAAAUUGAAAGAAGGUGGAAGAUUGAAGAAUCUGGUGGCAGGUUUGGAACUUGCUGCCUAUGCUACAGACAAAAAUUUAAAUAUAGGAAAAUUUAGAACACCAACAAAGUCCGAAAUCAAUCAGAAAUUCCGUGAUUUAAAUCUGGCGUUUAGUAAGCGUCUGAUAGUUAACAAGGAUUGGAGCAAAUGGUUGAUAAUUUGCGAAUUCUUGAAUUUAUUUAACAUCAUUCUGCAAAUAAUAUUAACUAAUUGGUUUCUUGAUGGCGCCUUCCUAUCAUUAGGUCCAAAGCUAAUAAAAGAACAUUUUGAUAAUAAUUCCGAUACUUUCAUUCUGGACAAAGUAUUUCCGAAAAUGACUAAAUGCACGUUCCAUAAGUACGGUGCGUCUGGAACGAUUCAGUCACAUGACGCCAUGUGCGUUUUGGCACUGAACAUAAUCAACGAGAAAAUCUACUCGUUUCUAUGGUUCUGGUUCUUAAUAAUCCUGAUAGUUUCUGUAUGUGCAUUGAUUUGGCGUGCUGUGACUGCUUUGUUUGGAAGAAGUCGACAAUUGAAUGCACUCAUUUAUUCGAUGGAGUAUUCCAAGGAGAUGAACCCCUGGAGAAUCGUGAAAGCAGCGAAAAGAUCGGAUUAUUUAGAUUGGCUCUUCCUAACUUACGUAUCCAAGAACAUGAAUCCGCUGGUGUUUAAGACUUUCAUCUCCCAACUUGCGAAAGAAUGGGAAGAAAUGGAAUUGAUUCCGAAUUUGCUGGACGAAGAAAAUUCUUUGGACAGCGAAGAUUAUAAGGACAACAAACUUAGAUAUAUCGACGACGACAGCUUUGGUACCAUGAACAAAAAGCAAUAUUAAUCAUGUAAUAAUAAAAACCACUUUCAUAGAAAAUAAAUAAUAAACAAAAUCAUUUAGGAAGUAAUGACCAUUUCACCUAAAUAUUAAUA